AAUGAGACAUCAGCAGAAGAGCCGCCUGCGGUCUGACACGGGGUUCUUACUUCUUAUUUCACGGUACCGGCGGCUUCAUUCAUCGAAGCUUCGUGCCGUGAUGGACGCGGUGAGCGCGUGAAGGAUUCUGCUUGCAUCAGUGAUGCUUUAAUUCGGUGUGUAAUCGGCUGUGAUGUCGCUGUUAUCGGUUUUCCGAACGUGUCUUAUCGCAGUCCGUUAAUUCCCUGCGCACUCUUGGUCCCACGAGGAUGUCCGGCCGACGCGGCUGCGUGAACUCGUUGUGGUCCGGAACCGAGCGCGUCCGGAUCGGAGAGCGUCUGAAAGCGACGCUGGCCGGGGUUGUGGAGCUGGAGCUGCUCAGGUGCAAAUACCUGGAGAUGGUGGGCGGGGCGCUGCAGAACCGAGCCGCCGAAACCGAGGAGCCACGGAGCGGGACCCCGGAGAGAGCGGAACCCGAGCAGGACCCACCAUCCCGCAGGCAACAGGAUCCCUGUGGCUCUUACACAGUGGUGCUGCCCAGUGACGGACGCCCGGCCGACUGCAGCAGUAACUCUGGGGAUGUGAUGGUCCAGUUGACAGGGGCGAGUAGCUCACGCUGGUCUACUUUGUCCUGGGACACGCCCUCUGACCUGCUGUCUCCUCCAACACCAGACCCCAGUGGACCAGUCCACUUGGACAGCGACUCCAGGCCGAGCUCAGGUUUUUAUUCAGUGAGCGGCAGCUCCUUGUCAGACUCUUGCUACUCUGUGUCCAGUGAUGCCACGCAGGGCAUCUUGGUCCCACCAGCCAAACCCCUGAGACUGUGGGAGCAUGACCCCCUGCCUGCUGACAGUACUGACACCCAGUGGUCAGAAGGUAUAGUGCAGCAGCCUGCAGCACAGAAUAGCCAGGAAGAUGCUGAUCUGACAGAAUCAAGUCCAGCUUCAGUCCCGAGUGACCUUGAAGUGACUGGUUGGACAUUUUUAUCAGACCUUUGCUCAGGCUUUGGUGAUUCCCUGCCAAUUUCAAUACUCACACUUAUCAGCCCAUCCUCCUCUUCCUUCACAUCUUUGCAUCUUCCAAGACCCCAACUGGACCCCCGCUACUGUACAGACCUGGUGUCACGACGGACCAAAGAGAUAUAUACCUACCCUAGUCCACUGCAUGCUGUGGCUCUACAGAGCCCCCUUUUCACUUCCCAAAGCUACGAGCAACCAGUGUCUUUGAGUCCUGAAGAACUCCAACUUGAUGAACAUCCAGCAACCAAUACUGACCAACCUUUGGCUUUCCAGUCUCAACAGCCUCCUGCAUCUUUCACCCAAUUGGAACAGUACAUUGCUAGGCUGGCUCACCAGUACCGAAGUCGGGUAAGCUGUUCCACCUCUGAUCUCAGUCCAGCUGUCACCCCUACUCCUGCCAUACAGAGAGGCCUUUCCACUUCUGGCAAAAGCCACGGUUCCACUCAGUCCCUAUCUGCAUUUGAGAGUCGCACAACAUCUUCCAUCCUCCCAGGGAGCUGCAUUACACCCUCCAAAUCAUUACUGGGCAACUCAGUGACAGUAAGCCUCAACUCAACAGGGAAAAAAGCCAGCCGGAACUCCAUCAACUUGGGUAACCUUCCUUCUGCAACUGGAGAGGAUGUGAAUAUACAUCUGCAUCUGAACCUCAAUCUGAAUCCGACUCCCAGUUUAAAUCCAAGCCGUGGACUUGUGGACUAUUCUAAAAAUGGCAAUUGUGGAAAAAUUAAUGACUUUACGCCAAAUUUCACUGCCCCUGCUGUGCCACAGUCGUCCUCCUCCACGACACCAGUACUUCGAACUCGUCCUCGUAUUUCAACGUGUCCUUCCAGCCUGAGUCACCGUAGUUCCCUUGAGGUCACUUCAGGGCCUGGGUCCAGCUAUGCAUCUGGACCACCUGCUUUCUCUCGAUCACUGGAUUGGAGCAGCGCUGCCUCGAUGGACACCAGAACAUUUGCAUUUGAUUCAAAUUGUGAAUCAGCUCCUGGGUCUCAGCGUUGCAGCUUGAUCCAAGAAUCCAGCUCCAGUCCUAAGCUAAAUGAAGACUCGCCCAUGGUGGGAGAGAUCUCACGCCUCUCUGGACUGUCACGGGCUGUAAUUGUCGGAUUAAUGGAACAAGGUGUGGAACUGGACAUUGACUGCUUCCAAGCAGAUAAUCCAGGUGAGGUUAGGGGUCACAGUAAGAGUCACUUGAUGAUGCAAACAGAGCAGCCAUAUGACUGUACCAAGCGAAGUAAUGUGACUCCUCCAAGACCAGUGCAGCUGUCUCUAAGUGUUACCCAUUCUCCACAGUCUCAGACCAGCAUCACUCCUCCCCAUUCACACUCCAGCAGUCCCAUCCAUCCAUACCAGUCCAUUCAUAUUCCGUCUCCUCACUAUUCCUCACGCUACCAUUACCAGCAAAUCCCUUCUCCAUCAGACCUUCCAUCCUCCACAGCCUCUUCACCCGCAUCCCACCCCAAUCAGAGGAGCCGCUCCCCUCCCUGCCCUCUGCAGGCCUCCCCCUUGAGUGCCACGCCACUCUCUGUUUUCCGGCGGGAUGCCCCCUUCCAAUGCUCCAUGCCUCAUGUCAAUGCUAGGGGUUCUCCUUUGAAUAAAAACUUCAACCAGCAAAGAGGUGGAUCACUUCGGCACAGCAAGGGAGGAGGUGGGGGUAAUAGCAGGUGGAAGAAGGGAGAGGGGCUCUACAGCGGUAAACAUUCAUCCCAUAAGUUGAUCAGAGCAGCAACAGUUAGCAGCUACAUUAAAACAGAAGACCGUAGCACUGCUUGGGAAGGGGAUGAGCAAAGAGAAGUUCAGAUACCCAAGAAGACCUCCAGCAAUCUUUGGAAAGGCUUUGAAGGCCACCUCUGGGGAGAAGAGUCAGUGAGUGAAAGGGAGGAGAUGGACAGAGCCGAAUAUGGUUAUGGAUGGAGGAGGAAUAGCAUUGGAAGCUGGAAGAAAGAACACAGACAAGGUAAAGUUCCAUCCAGCAACAAUGACAAAAGACCAAAAGCAAACAUCUCCCCUGUAUUUUUAAAGAGGAGGGGAAAGGAUGAUGGAGAGAAAAGAAGCUCAAGUCUCAGGCUUUCCAGGAGGGCUUUGUUCCGGAGUGAAUCUCAAGGUUUGCUGGUGCCUUGCACCAAGAGCGGGGAGCCUAUAAAGCGGCCACACUGGGUCUCCUCCUUGGAUGUGGGGCAGGGUAGCAUGAGUAUCAGCAAAGAAGAAGGGGUUAGACUACUGAAGGCAAAGGAGGAGGAUAAACACCUGUCAUCUACUGCUAGUCUCUUUAACAUCUCACGAUCUCAGAGCCUAGAAGGCAGCUGCCAUUCCCUCUCACCUCUCUCCUCCCCUUCUUUUUCUCCAUCACCUCCCCCACGGAUGUCCCUUCAGCGCUCUCGCUCAUUGAGGGACUUGGGGAGAAAAAUGUUUGGCUCUAUGAGGUCCCUGAGCCUGAAAAGGAAACCAUCCAAGAAAUGAGAUGUGUAUAGCUCUUAAUCUAAACAGAUCCAGCACUCAGUUUAUAUUAAAAUGACAGUAAUGGUCGAUAGUGUUAUAGUAUCUCUUAAAGUAAUCGGUAUCUACUAAUUCUGUCAUUGUCCAGUGAUGCAACAGAAGUCAAAUCCCAAAUGACUGCACUGUGUCCUAAAGUCCUUUCUUUGUGGCAAUGGAGUGUUGUAAAAUGCACAAUCAGAAAACAUGGCAAAGAGAGAUAUGGAA